AGUGUGUGAAGAGCUUCGAACGUAUGCAAAUUUGCGCAUCRUUAUCUCCACCUUCAAGAAUUGCCACCCAUAUCUAUCCGCUAAAGUGAGUGAAGUUACUAGGCAAAUGAGGCUUCAGUUAAUAACUUUUGCACAAAAAACCCCCAAAAAAAUCACAAAACAUUAUUAGAAAUAUUGAAAGUUGAGCAAGACGCAGAGAGAAGCGCACAAAAUCUCACUAGAAACCCUACAACAGCACAAACAACAUCGCCUAGCCUACUUCUGUGUUGGCAUGUUGCUGUAGUUGGCACUCGCAAGGAAACUAAAUGACGCCAAUCGUUACAGCAACAACAACAAUAAUAUUAAAGCAAACAUAUCGAGCCAUUGAAACGGCACUUUCCGCUGGACACGGACACACACAAAUGCGGCCAGAGCCAGAGCGARGCGACCUAGCACCAAUUACAAUAAAUAAUAUAGCAAAAGCAACAACAACGGCGUUAGAGCGCUUUUCGCAUUAAUUGCGUAGCGUGAAAGCGAAGCGGGAAGUGCGUGUUUACGCCGCGUGGUCAGUGAGCGACAGGAAGUCCGCUUGUGUGUGUGUGAGGCUURGUGUGGAASACGCCCAAGACGCCUAGCAACAGAGAUUUUUGAUCAAACUCCAAAGCACGCUAAGCACGCUCGGCAAACGAACCGGUACAUACGCACAACAACCGGAAACGGAAACACCAGUGCUGCAGACGACAGCCGGCAGAAACGUUUGGCAAUUUGCUCCGCCGGACAGGCAGACAAUCUAUGAGCACCGUUAGUUGGCUUUCUGACAGCGYUGAGCACAUAUUUACCAUUACGCUGCACAAGCAUUGUGUGCGUGUGCUUAUAUACUUCGUAGUUAUGUAUAUGUAUUCGUGCCGCAUCUAUGCGUAAAGGUGUUAUGUAAUCACGCGCCAUUACUUGAGGCGUCAAACGACCAAUAACUGGUGCGCAGCGUCGCAAUAAACAUUUUAUACAAAACAUAAAAGUCACGGCGUUGCCAAGCGGCAAACGAAAUAAUUCGGUGCGAGCAAAUAAUAUUGCCACGCUUUUAUUACACAGUCAAGAAACACACAUACACGUACAAGCACGUGUUCACAGCAUUAAAAGACACAGCAGCCAUAGUUUGAGGCCGAACAAGUGCCGGACAAUUAACUUCAACRMMCAGUCAGUGCUUGAGGCGGCGCGACACGUGCAAGCCGCCGCUAAAUAUCCGACAGUGUAGAGAUCUUUUUUCCAGCCGGCCAAAGGAUACAAUAAAAAACCGCCAACCUGGAACUAAUGGAAUUAGAGAAUAUUGUGGCCAAUACGGUCUACUUAAAAGCCAGAGAAGGUGGUUCGGACAGCAACAAAGGCAAGAGCAAGAAAUGGCGCAAAAUACUACAAUUCCCACACAUAUCGCAGUGUAUACACCUCAAAGACAAAUUAGAUAUAAGUUAUGGUUACGUGAUAGACCAACAACCCAUCGGUCGUACUUUGUUUCGGCAAUUUUGUGAAAGCAAACGGCCGAUAUAUUUUCGGUACAUUUCGUUCCUGGAUGAAGUGCAGCGAAUUUCGUUUUUGCUCUCCUCCAAUGCGAAAUUUAGAUACGACGUGGAGUACGAUGAGAAUCGUAUUGCCAUUGCGGUCGAUAUUGGACGACGUUUUCUGGCUAUUGACACGCCAGCCGCGCUAAAUAACGGCAUUUGCGAUAUUGGCGAUGUCAUACGAUCGACGAAUGAGAAUACGGUUGAUGAUGACGAUGCCAACAUAACUAGUUCCACCAUUGAGAACAACACUGCUGCAGAGACUGAAAAUCACAAUAAUACCACCGCCAUUAAUAGCAGCAGCAAUAAUCACAAAAACUACGAGCAUCACAAUGGCGAUGAGCACAGCAAUGGCAGCAAGCAACAACAGAAACAUGUUUUGAGCGAUGGCAGUGCGACACAUGAUGCCGGCGGCUCUGGUGGCGGCGACAGUGGUGUUGAUGCGGGCGAUACGGUUGGUGGUGGCAGCGGCGAAGGUAGUGGCGGUGGGGGAGGUGGUGACGACACCGGCGGCGGUGAUCUAAACAAGGAUAGCAGUAAUUGCCAUUAUAGCCCGGGUGUGGGUAAAUUGAAUCCGGCUACCGGCGAUGAACUGGUGCUGGACGUGCUCAAUGAUGAUCUGAUUGCGCGAGUGCGUGACAAGAUCACAAGCGGGAAUAAAGAACUCUUCGAGCCGUGCGUAACGGCUGUGAAGGCUUUUCUAGCCGGUGAACCGUUUCAAGAGUUCGAGACUUCAAUGUAUUUCCAUCGUUAUUUGCAAUGGAAAUGGCUCGAGGCACAACCCAUCACCUACAAAACGUUUCGCAUGUAUCGCGUAUUGGGCAAAGGUGGCUUCGGCGAGGUCUGUGCAUGUCAGGUACGUGCAACGGGAAAAAUGUACGCCUGUAAAAAGCUCGAGAAGAAACGCAUAAAAAAGCGCAAGGGUGAAUCGAUGGUGCUCAUAGAGAAACAGAUUUUGCAGAAAAUCAAUUCCCGAUUCGUUGUUAAUUUGGCGUACGCGUACGAGACGAAGGAUGCGCUCUGCCUUGUGCUAACGAUCAUGAAUGGCGGUGACUUGAAAUUCCAUAUCUAUAAUAUGGGUGGCGAUCCGGGCUUCGAAAUGGUGCGUGCGCGUUUCUACGCCGCCGAAGUCGUCUGUGGACUGGAACAUCUACACCAACAGGGUAUUGUAUAUCGAGAUUGUAAACCGGAGAAUAUAUUGCUGGACGAUCACGGGCAUGUGCGAAUAUCAGAUUUAGGUUUAGCCGUCGAAAUACCAGAGGGUGAUUUGGUGCGCGGGCGUGUCGGCACAGUUGGUUACAUGGCUCCGGAAGUGAUCGACAAUGAAAAAUACUCAUUCUCACCGGAUUGGUUCAGUUUCGGUUGUUUGUUAUACGAGAUGAUCGAAGGCCAGGCGCCAUUCCGCAUGCGCAAAGAGAAGGUGAAACGCGAAGAGGUCGAUCGGCGUGUGAAGGAGGACAAUGAAAAGUAUUCCAGCAAAUUUAGUGAUGAGGCCAAAUCAUUAUGUCAGCAGCUGCUCGCUAAAUCCAUAAAAGUACGACUUGGCUGUCGAAAUGGUCGCUACGGUGCACGUGAAGUGAAAUUGCAUCCAUUCUUCAACUGCAUUAACUGGAAACGGCUGGAGGCAGGCAUGGUGAAGCCGCCCUUUGUACCAGAUCCACACGCCGUGUACGCCAAGGACGUGCUCGACAUUGAACAAUUCUCGACGGUGAAGGGUGUUAAUAUCGACGACUCCGAUACGAAUUUCUAUAGCAAAUUCAAUACCGGCUCCGUGUCGAUUUCAUGGCAAAAUGAAAUGAUGGAAACCGAAUGCUUCCGCGAACUGAAUGUAUUCGGCGUCGACGACAGUCCAACGCCCGAUUUGCUGAUCAACGCUGUGCCGGAGCCGGAAAAAGCUGGCUGCUUUCCGUUCAGAAGAAAGAAGAAGCAACCGCUGCGCACACAGCCGAUACCCAUUCCCGAACACUUACUAACCACUAGUCACAGCGUUUCCUCGACGACCGUCGAAAGCUGAUAGCAUAAGUAAAUAAGUAACAAUAAUGAUUAUUGUACGCAAGCGCAUUAAAUUACAAGAAAAAACGCAAAAACAAAAACAAACAUCAAUGAAUUGGUGCAAAGCGAGCAACAAACACACGCACACACAUACACACAUAGAUGCUGGUGUUUUCGAUGUUAAACUAAAAUACUACAUAUAAAUUAAUUAAUGUAGCACAUACACACAUACAUAUAUAUGUAAGUAAUCAUACACAUACGCACACACACACAUACAUACAAACGCAGUAACGUGCGCAACAAACGGCACAAAAACAUUGCUAUCGAUUGCUGGCUUAAUGAAGCGAGAUUUUUGUAAACAGCCGACACAUACAAACAAACUAUGCACAAUACAACAACAACUAACACACAAAAACACAUUUUUUGCAUUACAUAAGCAUUAGAGAUUUAACAAAUUUUUUGCAAAUGCAUUAUGCAACUAUCUACUUGUAGUUAUAUAAAUGUAUUCGGUUUGUAAUCCUUUUGUAUUGUGCAAAAGUAGCAACAAAAACAAAAAAA